UUGCUUGACUGUCUUCGAUUACAGAAGUUUCGUCGACUUGUGCGUGCGAAACAUGGAUUCAAAAGGAGACGAUGGAAGUAGAGAGAUGCUCCUGAAGCUUCAAGAGAAGAUUGAGAAAGCCACUUCUGAGCUCAAAGCGUCAGGAUCAUCAUCAUCUGCUUCCACUUCAUCUCAUCAUCUUCAAAGGCUCUCUAAAGAGGUCCAACUUCUUCUCGACAAGACUGUGAAUGCUCAGGUUCAGAGUAAACCGCAGAUUCGCGAUGAGCUUGACAAGGUGUUUGAUGCUGAGGAAGUUGGACACGUAUGCGAUUUAUGCGACAGAGAUCUAGCCUCUGAUCCAGAACGACCUAAUGCUUCUUUGCGGAGCUUGCAAGAAGCGUGCGUGCUGGCUUGUGGUCAUGUCUACCACUUCAAGUGUUUGAGAGGCACUACUCUUGAUCUCGAUAACCCUUCAUGCAUUUUGUGUAUCCGCUAACUAACAUGACAUCCUAACCUUUGUGGACCAACUUUAGAUACUUUCAUGAGAGAUUUAAAGAUUUUGUUUUCACAAUAAUGCCAGUGCAGUUACAUAUCAGUUUCUUUUUACAUCCCUUAAGUAACAUACAAAUGGUCUGUAUAUGGGAAACUAGAACCACUCCCAGGCAUUAUAGCUUCUAAAGCCAGAAGUGAAUCAUAGCCUGUUUCAAGAAACAACA